GACUUGAGAAGUAAAUACAAGUGCUUCAGAAGAACAAGAGGGGAUGGGAACUGCUUCUAUAGGGCUUUUGGCUUUUCCUAUCUAGAGAGGUUGCUGGAUGACAGAAAAGAUUUGGAAAGGUUCAAAGAGGUUGCUGCUAAAAGUAAAGAUAUGCUGGUGUCCCUUGGAUUCCCUGCCUUCACAGUAGAAGACUUCCAUGAUACUUUCAUGGAGGUUGUAGAGAAGGUUGAACAGCAGAUCCCAGUGGAGGAUUUGUUAGCAACCUUCCGGGACCAGGGCCUGUCAGACUAUCUGGUGGUCUAUCUGCGGCUGCUAACAUCAGGCUACUUACAACAAAAUCAAGACUUCUUUGUGAACUUCAUUGAAAGCUAUGCUUCUGUCAAAGAGUUCUGUGGCCAUGAGGUGGAGCCAAUGGCCAGGGAAAGUGAUCACAUCCACAUCAUAGCCCUGACGUCCAGCCUGAACGUUGGUGUUCGUGUGGAGUACAUGGACCGGGCUGGUUCAGAGAAGUCAACCACCAUGACUUUCCUGAAGGCACAGAGCCAAAGGUGUUCCUGUUGUAUAGACCAGGACACUAUGACAUACUGUACAAAUGAAUGAUCAACUGUACUGGCUAAUUUUACCAAACCCUUGAUUAAAUAUAGAGGUAGCAAUGCCAGCUAUGGAUAAGAAGCUAAUGAUUUGUGUACAAAGAUACGUUUUGUUGAGUUUUUCACUUUCAGACACAGUUGUAAAGUUACUUUGCAAUUAUUUCUCAUAUUAUUACCAUGUUUACUUGCCAACUGGUUUGAAUCUAGCUUGUAAAGGGGAUAAAUGACAAAGAGGGUCGAUUCAUUUCAUUGUAGACAAACUUGGGACAAACAUAGAUGCUUCUAGGUUAUUUUCUAUGUCUACAGGUAACUUUGCUCUCUUUUUGGUGGCUCUGACAAUUGUAAUAGUCCAACAUUGCAUGGAUGCAACUUCCCCCAACAAUGCUCAGUUCCAAUUAUGAAAUAACCAAGUCUAUCUCUGUGAAAGUACUAGUAUCAUGACAAGCAGUAUUUCAUACCUCAUUCACCCUCAAACCUUUCUCACAUUUGGGAUUGGUAGUCAGGUUCACAUGGGAGGCAAUUAUUACUGUAAUACCUUCUUUCAACCUUGAAAAAUAAAGUAUGUUGACCACA